AUGAGUUUUCACGGCAGCAAAAGUGACAGUGCCGAGUUCAAAUCAUUAUUAUCAAAAACCAGAAAUGUUGUGUUCCUGACUGGUGCUGGGUGCAGUGCAGAAAGCGGCAUACCAACAUUCCGGGGUGCUGGAGGGUUAUGGCGUAAAUAUAAGGCUACUGAACUAGCCACCCUGGACGCAUUCAACACCAACCCCUCGUUGGUUUGGGAGUUUUAUAGCUACAGACGGGAGGUUGUUUUAACGAAGAAGCCUAAUGAUGCACACCAUGCAAUUGCUGAGUUUGAGAAACGCAUGGUUAAGGAAGGCAGAGAAGUUCAUGUCAUUACACAAAAUGUCGAUGGUUUACAUCAAACAGCGGGGUCAAAAAAUGUUAUUGAAUUACAUGGUAACAUGCAUUUUGAUAGUAUAAAUUAACCCAUCGAGUGGCAGUACUCUCCACUUGACGGGUAAAAUCGUCUGGCAUUAGACAGCUCGUAAAAUGCUAAAGUAGGGCGCAUCAGGAUGCAUUGGCACUUAAAGGGUUAAGAGAUGGGGAUGCAUGGGCAGGAUGCAUGGGCAGUUUGUUUGGUUAACCCAUUGAGUGGCAGCACUCUCCACUUGACGAGUAAAAUCGUCUGGCGUUAGACAUAUAUAGUAAACAAUACUAAAGUAGGGCACAUCAGGGUACAUUGCCACUUAAAGAGUUAAAUUAAGUAACAGCACUCUCCCUUUGACAAGUAAAAUCAUCUGGUGUUAGACAGAGUAAAAUGAUAAACGGAUGGGCAUUUGGUCACAUUGCUGCUUAAUGCUAACCUGAGUAUCAGGCUCUAUUUUACAAAUAAUAGCCUGACACAAACCUUAAUCCGAUCGCUUUCCGCCCACAGCAAAGUUUAAGUUUAGUAUCCAAUCAAAAUGUCGCAGGAGAAAUUUAAAUUUCAUACAACGACAAUAACAAUCUAAUUAUAGUUGUGAUCACUAUAAAAUAUAUCAACAACAAUAGUAUAAUCUAAUUAGCACCAACCAAUCAAAUUACAGAUUAAAAAAUAUUUUGUCUAAUAAACCAAUCAGAUUUACAACCGUAAUACGGUUGUAACAGCAUGGACUUUUGUUAAGAUUUGUAUCAGGCCUAUUUAUUUAUUGAUAGGCCUGAUCGCAGGUUAGCUUAAUGCAGACCUGCCAACCUUAGCGACUGGUAUAUAGGGAGAUUUCUUAUUUAAACACUAAAUUUCCUCUACAGGGAAACUCCUGGCUAUGUUGGGAGAGUUGGCAGGUCUGCUUAAUGGGUUAACAGAUACAUCGGUAUAUAGUUUGGGUGUAAAUAUCCCUUUGAGAAGUAAAAUUGUCUGGCAUUAGACAGAGUAGAAAUAUGACAAGGUGCACAUUGCCGCUGAUUGAAUGGGUUAAUUUAACAGACACAUUAGCAUGCAAUAAACUGGUGGGUGCACUGCAGUUUUUAAGGGGUUAACACUCAGAAACACUCACUUGACAGAUAGUUUGGUUUAACCCAUUGAAUGCCAGCACUCUCCCCUUGAUAAGCUCUAUCUUGCAGUUAGAGCUCAACAAGUUGACUGUGUACGGUGGCACUGCCAGCUUGAUAAUUGGCGGGGGGGGGGGGGGUUCAUAUCUCCAUGUUCUGCAUUAUUAACUUCUUUUGAAAUCGAUUGUUUUUAUGGUCUGUGAACACAAAUAUAUGAAUAUUUCCCCCCCCCCCCCAAUUAUCAAGCUGGCGGCGCCACUGACUGUGUAGCUCAGUCCGACCCUGUUGGGUGAUUUUGCUUUGAAACAAACACAUACUUUCAGUAUCCUGAAAUAUUGUGUGGAUUUUUAGGGUCUCUGUUCAAGACCCGUUGUGUAAAGUGUGGAAAAAUUGAAGAAAAUAGACAAAGUCCUAUCGUUCCAGCAUUAGCAGGAAAAGGGUAUCUAGGACAAUAUUUUAAAAAUUCUUUGCAGAAAUUUGUUUAACAGUGAAGUUGGAGCCCCCCCCCCAGCCACCACAUUCCCCCUACAUGCAACAGGGCUUUCAAAAUAAGCUGGUGACCAAAUGUUGCUUUUAUCCUGAAUCAUCAGUGUGUCUAGAUGGGAUAAUGAAACAUAUCUUCUGUUUUUACCUUAUUUAUUUUUUUGUGACACUAAUUGUCAUUCCCCUCCUGGCCCCACUCUUUUGAAUACAGCUUACUUUUCCUGGUGCUUUUAAUACUUUCAAAUGAAGAGUUUUCUUAUGCAUGAUACAUUAUUAGGUAGUAUUACAUUUAACAAAUAUAAAACAUUUUCCGUGUUGAUAUACAGUUAUAUCAACACUCGUGGAAUUGGGAAAACUCGAAAUUGUAUGGAAACACGACGCCCGAAGGGUGGAGUGUUUUCAUACAAUUUCGAGUUUUCCCAACUUCCACGAGUGUUGAUAUUUAACAAUUAUUGAAUGAGGUUGAACACGGUAUGAAGAAUUAUCAAGCCCGAAGUUUGCCGUUAUCAACCGAAGCCGAAGGCUGAGGUUGAUAACGGCAAACUGAGGGCUUGAUAAUUCUUCAUAUUGUGCGAAAACCGAAUUCAAUAAUUGUUUUAUUAUUUAUUUUAAAAGUUCAAAACAAACAUUUGUAUUUUAUUUGUAUUAAGAAUAAAACAAUUCCUUAGUCCUUUGGCAGCCGUCGUCGCGUCAUAUCAAUGGCGUCAGCGAGUCAAUAGUAAUAUGGCGCAAACGCGUCCAAAUUUUUUUCAUAUUGACUCUUUGACGUCAUUUUGCUAAUAUGAAUGUGAAAAAUCCGAGUUGAUAUGACAAUUUCACAGUUGGCUGUUAGCCAAUCAGAAACCAGGAAUUUUUUAAAUAAAUAAUAAAACUAUAUAUCAAUACGGAAAAAAUGUUUUAUAAUUUUUUUUAUAAUAUAGCAAUGUCAAAAGCCCGAAGGGUAAGAAAAAUUUCCGUGUUUACAAGCGGCGGAAAAUUUCCCGUGUUGACAUUGAGUUAUAUCAACACGGCUCUUAGCCAAUCAGCGUUCAGAAUUUACAAAUGCUAUAUUAUAAUACUGUAUAUUACUGACGCUGCAUCGUAGUUGCAUCCCUUUCGUUAAAAAUAAUUUCUGACCGUUUCGUUCCUCCUCAAAAGUGCGCAAAAAAAAUGGGAAAAAUGAAAAUUAAUGGUAAUUAUGUAUGCAAAAAUUAAUUGACUGUAUAAUAUAUUGCAAGUCUCAAAUAACAGAUAUUAAACACUUGACACUGCCCCGUGGAAAAAUUGAAAAUCUUCAAUCUAAUUUCUCUCAGGACUCCAAAAUCCCAAGUCUGGCCAUAGCCUUCAGAAAUAAAUAAAACUACCUGACGCUUCCAGACCUGCCAACAGUCGUGGUUUGGUCGUGAGACUCGCGGUUUCUCACGACAAAGUCUUUAAAUCUCACAAUUUUUGAGACAACCCUGAACCCUUGUUUUCACUUGUUUUGUAGAAACAUUGCGCUCAGUGUCCAAUGAAAUGAUCAUGACAGAGGGGCCUGUACCGGUUUUGCGGGAUGGGCCAUAAUUUCGAGCGGUAUUCGGGAUUUUAAGAAGAAUGUGCGUCGGGAAACGGGAUUCAAUAUCAUCGCGGGAAGCGGGACUAACAAAAAAAUCAAGGCGAGAUGCGGGAAAGUAAGCUAUGAUUUAGCGGGAUACGAGAUAUAUAUCAUAUAUCAACAAAACUUGCAGCCGAAUUUUAGUUUAAUUUAUUGUCAAUUGUUUUUAAAAAUUUCAUUCUUUCUAUAUUAAAAUUAUCCUUCUAUUGCUCCACCUAUCCCCCUUGAUUCUCUGUUAUCGGCGAAUUAUAUUGACGAAGUGGUUAGCGCACUUGCCUUUCACCUCUAAGGUCGCAGGUUCAAAUCUCUGCCUAUUAGUGUCUACCAGUAUCCUAGUCUAUCCCUAGUGUAUCCUAUUGCAACCUAUUGUUGUUGUUCAGUUGCUGAAAAAUGGAGCCAUAUUGUUGAAAUGCGCCAAAAUAUGCAAACAAAAUAAAAAAACAGAGAAAGGUUAUGCAAGUAGAUAGAAGCAAACAUAGAAACUACAGUCGAUAAAUUUGACAUAAAAAUGAAGGGUCCAUGCUCAACUUUACUGUUUUUAGCGAUAGUUAUUGAAAAUUUGUCCGUCUUCAGUCUCAUCAAUGUCAUCAUCCCUCAUCUACAUGUAUGAUUACAUUGAUUGCGGUUUAAUAAGAUUUAGAAGCAGUUUUUAUUUUUAGACUACAUGAUAUUGUAUUCUUCGUGUUAACACGUUCUUUCAAAAUCUCGCUAUCCAUUGUCUACUUCCAAAUCAUGACUACUUUGGGCAGUAUCAGAAAAAAGGCGGCAACGGGAAAUUGGGAUGAGGCAUGGCGGGAUAACGGGAUUUCAAGUGAAAAUUGGUCGGGAUGGCGGGAAUUUUGUUCCCAAACUUAUACUAAACACUGCAGUCCCAGUACAUAUGUUUAGCAGAGACAUUCAUGAUUUUUAAAAUCUGAGCUAAAUGUACGUAAAAUGAGGAACUGAUACAUUUAAUCCAUAAGAAAACCUGGGAAAUUUCUAAAAUCUCACGGUUUUUCACUCUGGGGUUGGCAGGUCUGAACUCUGAACGACGUUUGUACGAGAGCUACAAAUUUGCAAUCAAUUAAAAUAAUUAUUAUAGAAGUAUAGAACAUUCUCUUUUCUGUUCAGGGAGCCUCAGCUUGAUGCUGUUGAUGCUAAAAUCCCUGUUGAGGAACUCCCAAGGUACUAUGAUUUUUUCUGUGUUGAUGUUAUGUACUCAGAUGAAUAUGAUGUUUGUGAUGUUACUCUGAGUGUAUAUCCACACCGGACAAGCUUGAAAAAUAUGCCUGGCCACGGUGGCCAAAGGUCGCAGGUUCGAUUCCCACCGUGGCCAGGCAUAUUUUUCAAGCUUGUCCGGUGUGGGUAUGCACUCAGAGUAACAUCACAAACAUCGCAAGGUACUAUAUAAUUAUUACUUCGCUUCUUGUUCUAAGAUAGCGUGCAUUUCAAAGCAUGUCCUCUUCUUUUGUAACCGUUGUAAUAUGCUAACUUUUAGGUGUAGCCAACCGGGGUGCGACUCACUAGUGCGUCCACAUGUGGUGUGGUUUGGUGAAGCGCUUGAAUAUAAAGUGUUAGAAAAGACAGACGAAGUACUGGAAGCAUGUGAUAUGUGUUUACUGGUUAGUUCCACAAGGACUCUUUGUUAUUAUACAUGGAUUGGUCAUUGGUGCGUAGGGACACGCACAUUAUGUCGGAAUUUCUUUUAGAAUAAUAGGGUGUUUUUUUCGAAACCGGGAAUAACAGGCAGAAGCGGGAAUAAUAGGGAAACGUGUCGGUAUGACGUCAUAGUGCCAACGUAAAUUCCGUAAUUAGCAUAUGCGCCAUCCGCCCACGGGCCAGAGGCGCGGCGUGCAUGUGUGUACCGUCUCUGAAUACGUCGUGUACGUAGAAUUUUUGUACUAAUAGCGUUUAUGCAUUAUUUGUUUCUUUAACCAUUAUGCAAAUUUCAAAUAAAAUUAAAAAUCUUGACGAAAUUUCCAGCUCCACACCCAUUAUAUAAAUAAAACGAAACAUGGCUGGGAAUAAAUGUUUCCUAGUGGUUUGCUCGCCUUUAGGAAAGAAUGUUUGUUGGUUUGUCCACCUUUGGGAAACAUUAGUUAGGAAACAAUGUUUGCUCCUUUAUCCACCUACGGGAAAUAUCGUAUUGUUUUGCUACGUCCCUUCUCUCUUUCAGUAAAAGUAAGAGAAGAAAAAACUUUUUAAUCAUUUCUGUUCAGAGCUCCGAGACAUAAUUUUAUUUUUAAGAUCGGAACAUCUUCUGUGGUUUAUCCAGCGGCAGGGUUUGCACCAAGUCUUGCCGACCGAGGUGUUCCAGUGGCAGAGUUUAACCUUGAAGAAACACCAGCUACAGGGGCAUUUAGGUAAUGCUUUUUACCUUGCUUUUUAUUUGUUGCCCAAAUCCUGGGUACGAGGAUGCCCAAAUCCAUGCUUGUACUGCAGAUUCUAUUUUCGUGGCGGUAGCCACAGUGUACACACUUGAAAUGUUAUCAUGCUUAUCCCAUAUUUGUAAAAUUAUUCUUUCAGCCGCCCAAUUUCUCACCACACACGCUUAUUCAUUAAAAUAAUUUUGAAUGCCCUGUGCAAAAUAUUUUGCCCCCAUAGUGAAGGUGUAUUUUAUUUAAAGCACUGUUCAGCCUUCAACAAUUAUGCAUAAUUCAAUUAUGCAUAAUUCAAGAUAAGUAAACUCAAUGUUUUUAACAAUAAAAAAUGUUUUAGAAUGUUAAAAACAUUAAGUUUGCUGAUCUUGAAUUAUGCUUACUAGUAAUUGAUUUUCCUAGUUAGUUUUUUCAAUUAAAAGGACUGAAAUGCGCCUUAAAAACCAUCAUUCGAAAGGCUGAAUUGUGCCUUUAAAAUAUAAGCGAAAAGACAAAAAUAACUUAAUUCAGAAGAGUGGUUUAAUCGACUUGUGACCAAACCUUGCUUUUAUUCUGAAUGAUCAGCAGGCUUUACGUUUUAUUAUGCAUAAACCCAAACUAUUGUCUUUUUCUACAGGUUUCAUUUCCAUGGACCAGCUGGCCAAACCUUGCCUCCUAUCUUACUGGAAGAAUAA